AUGCAAGUACUUGGCGUAUCCAUUUUUUUGGACAGUAGAAAAAAUACUCUUACAUGUCAGUACUCGGGCCUAUUUUUUAGAAAUAUCGUCCAACAAAUGAGCGAAAUUGAAAACACAAUCCUCUUUGUUAUUGGGGACCAUGGUAUGACUGCGACAGGUGAGCACGGAGGUGAGGGUACCGACGAAGUUACAUCCGCUAUGUUUGUUUAUUCCAAAGAACCUCUAUCGAAUUUUGAAUAUACGAACUCGGUGAAGCAGGUAGAUUUGGUGCCCACUUUAUCUACCUUACUAGGAGUUCCAAUACCCUUUCAAAAUUUAGGAAUACUCGUUCCGAAUUGCUUGCCGAAAACAACUGAACAAGAUAAUUGGCGAAUGAUUCUUUAUUCCUUGUGGGCGAAUACUCAGCAAAUGGUAGAGUAUAUAAAGGAAUAUUCUGAAAACGAAGGCACUCUUGAUCAGAAUAGGUUGAACUCGUUCUUCCAGAAGUACUCCAUUCUCAAUGGAAAAAUAUUUUCCGUCGAUAACGAAGAGAAAUUCACAAAAUUUUCUGAAGAAGCAAUUAAAUUUCUCGGCGAACUGCGUCACUUGUGUGAGGAAAUGUGGGUGCAGUACGAUGCCUUCUCAAUGGCCAGAGGACUCCUUUUCUCGUUUUUGACAGUAUUUUUCGUAUUCGUCAUAACCGACGGUAUUCCAUACGAAACGCUUGUUGCAAUAUUUUCGAGCUCUUACGUGAUGUGCUCCUACGCUAUGGUGCUUGUAGCUGCCAUGUGCGGGGCAGUUUUUUAUUAUUUCGGUUUGGCAGAGAACUUGUCAUCGGUGAUAUUUUUCGCUACAGGCGGAAUGUCGCAGGUUAUGUUGGCGUUGAUUAUCCUCCAGAACUGGGAAUCGAUAACUCUAAAUUGGUAUUCGAAGGGUAAAUCAGACAGACUGUCCAAUCUGGUAUGCCGCCUCGUUCUGGUCUGCAACUUAUGCGGGCUGUUUUCGAACAGCUUCAUUGUAGAAGAAUCCUUUGUUCUUCUCUUUUUACUAAUAACUGUUAUACUUGUUGGGUCAGUAGGUAUAGCUUCUUCGAGUAACCAAACAGAAACCAAGCGGAAGCAAGGCGUGAUAAAAGUCUUCAGUUGGUCCAAAGUUAAAUUUCUAAUGUUGGCAGUAGCGAUCGCCGCCUUGGUCAGAAGUUCUAUGUAUUUCUGGAGGUGCAGGGAAGAACAACACUGGUGUUUCUCGAUGCAUCACGAAAUUGGUUACACAACCAAAACAGAAACCACCAAACUGCAAUGGACAAUCACCGUGAUCUGCCUGGGGGUUUUCGUUUUUGCCACCAAAGAAUGGUUGAAAAACGCGGGAAAUUUGAACGGCUACUCUCUGACAGUCACCCUUUCCAAGUUUUUGCCUACCGCCAUCGUGGUGUGCAUCGCCGGGUUUUGGGCAUUGAAAAGAGUGCCCCCUAACAAGAAACACUCUUUUUCUUUAAAAUCGAUUAACAUGAUGGCGUGGGCUGUGUACGGCUUGACGUUUUUAGGGAUUAUCACGUGCGUAUUGAAACCCCUCUGUGCUUACAUCUUUCCGUCUAGAGAGGCUAGUCAAACUGACAACUCGAUUCCUUCCAUUCUGAAGAAACUCAAAAGCGAGAAGAAAUCCGAAGAUGUUCCGGUGGUGUACGGAUUGGGUACUGUGUACAGUUCAGUAUUUGUAAUAAUGGGGGUGUACAUCACACUAUUCAUAGCUUUACUUUUGGGCGAUGCAGUGGCGCCAUCUGCUGUAAUUAUGUUUAUGACAGCUUGUUUUAUCCUGAUAGUAAUUUCCAUUCUUCGGGUAGAGAAAGCGACUUCUGUAGAACAAUUAUUCGAGGUACCGAAUAUAUUUAUAUUGAUUUGGAUUAUUUUGGCCCAGUACUUUUUUUAUGCUUCCGGACACCAACCGGCUCUUCCCAAUAUAGCUUGGGAGGCAGCCUUUGUAGGAACUUCAGAAAUAGUUUCAAACAACUUUAUUCCAGGAACUUUGAUAAUAAUAAAUACUUUUUGUUCGAAUGUUCUGAUUGGAUUUUUGUUGCCGUUGGUAUUGAUCGCACCAUUUACCAUUUUCGUAAUGAUACCGUCAGUGUGCGAGAAAAACACUGCUAUCAAGCACGCUCUGUUCAAAGGAGAAGUCAUAUUGUUUGAAAAAAAUGGUCUCUUUAUGAAUUCCUUGUUCACGCUAUGCUGCAAGUACAUUGUGGGGCAUGGUAUAAGGGUUUUCGUUAGCAUGUUAGCCGCUACAAUCCACUGUCGUCACUUGAUGAUAUGGAAAAUAUUUGCUCCAAAGCUGAUCUUCGAGUCGAUAGGAAUGCUGGUUACUCUGGGAUCCGUGAUGUUGAGUUACAUGAUACUAAUAAGAGUUAACAAACAAGUUGAAAGACUUAUUACUGCUCUCAAUAAAAUGAGUUGACCUCACACACCUGUGGGUGUUCACAAUACUAGUCUGAAGUAGUAUUAAAGUAAAUUUAUGAUA